CGUUGCCGCUGUUUGGUGUUUAUUUGAGGAUCGUUUUAGUUGUUCGCAGAACAUUCUCCCGUCCGGACGUAUCUCAAAAAGAAAGAUAGGAAUUCCCUACAGAUUUCGGUUUGAAAAAUAAAAUAAAACAUUUAAUUUGUUAUUUGAUUAUUGCUCUUCAAAACAAUACAAAAAGUAUCUCGGAAGUUGAAAUCAUUUAGAUACCAGUAUCUUUCUUUAUUAAAUAGUGUUUAUAAAGUGAUUCAAGUUCAAAAUCUAAGCUCGUUAGAUUUGAUUUAUUUUCCUGAACAAAUUUUAGAAAAAAAGUAUCUUUUUAAUCCUCAAGGAAAAAAAAAAUAUAUCUUUUAUCUUAUUUAAUGUGAAAGAUCAGUGAUCGUGUUGUGUAUUUGAAAAAUGAUAUAAAAUUGCUACCGUAUUUAUUUGUGAAAAUAUAUAUAAACUUCAUAAGGAACCAUCAUCAGCAAAGACCAAGACCAUAAGAAUACCAAAAAAAUAUAUAUAAUUGGGCGCAGUCGGGGUAUCAAGAUGACAGCUGAAUCUUUGAAACCCUUCAUAUCUCUGCCAUCAUCGGCAGAUAAUUUUUCAACUAAGAAAAAAUCCUCACAUAGUUUUAUCACAAUCGGAUUAAGUGCAUCGUUUAUGAUUGUCACGAUUGUUCUGCUUGGUUUCACGAUAUGGAAUUCAAUUCGUGUAUGUGAACUGCAGAAAGAAGUAGAUUCAUUAAACAAAAUUAUUGGAAACAUGCAAAAGCGUUUGGGUCUCCAUUAUUUAGAUGAUUUAAGUGAAAUGGAAGAUGAUGGGUUAGACAACGUCUUAGUCGACGACCCCAAUCCUUACACUACAGGCACCGAUGAUGACGAAGAUGAUGACAAUAGCGAUGAAGAUGAAGAAAUCAAAACUAUUCCGGCUAUUCUGGAAGACUAUGACGAUGGUGAUAUCGUUGACGGCAGCGGUCUAUACGAUGAUGAUGAAGACGAUGAGGACAUGGGUGAUAGUGCUUACGACAGCGGCUUCGAGGACGUAUCAUUAGAGUCUAAGAAGAAAAGGGUAACUCGUUCGAUAUCGUCAUCAUCAAAUGGAAUUCCAAUCUAUGAGGAUUCGUAUGCCUUGAAGAGAAACCGCACUGGGGGCCCUGACGAUGAACGUAUUGAAAAACACUUACUGGCCAACAAAAGUCCCACACCCACUUUGCGGUACGAUUGGAGUGAAAAAUCACCGAGAUCAACCACAACAACCACAACAGAGGCUACUACUUCGGUAAUUGAGAGGCGUGGAAGGUAUAAGAGUGCUUCAAGCAAUAUGCUUCGGUCGCUAAAUACCCCCAGACAGAGAGUACAGCGUCAGCAGCAUAGGAAUCGACGUUUGCUGUUGCGUCCGUUGCUUAAAAGUGGAGGACCUGAGGCAUUGACCGCACUUCCUAUGCCACAUCCGAUUGCAGUGCAUUAUCAUUUGAACAAUACAAUUUCGGGAAAACAUGUUUUACAUCCAAAUCACAAUAAGCUCCCGCACGAUGGUGAUGUUUACAUUGGGUCACCUCACCCGUGGGCCAGAACUCUUGGAAUGGACAAGGCAUUCUCUUUGAAUCAUGGUGUUUUGACUGUCAAAGAAGGUGGUGUUUACUUUGUCUAUGCACAAAUUUACUACGACAAUCGUUAUGAUCGCAAUGGAUUUGUCUUAUAUCACAAUGUUCAACCAUUCCUGCAGUGUGCCUUGUUUGUCCCGACAAACACCAUCAAGAGUCACACAUGCUAUACAAGUGGUGUAAUUUAUUUGGAAAGCAAUGAUGAAUUGCAUCUACGUGAUAUUCAUCAGGAUCGCGUUGUUAUGCUAACAAAUGCUAAAAGUUUCUUUGGUGUCAUUAAACUAGGUGAAAUUUGAUUUUGACGAUGUUUUCGCGUAGUUGAGAAACUUAACUUAUAUCACCUACUGAAAGGUCCAGUUUAGAUCGUAAAGAACAUAGUGGAAAAUAAUAAUCUUAUAUCCAAGUUCUAUUCUGUAACGAACACAAAACAAAAUUUAACGAACAAAAUAUAAAAAUUAAGUUUAGUUUGUAAGCUUAAAAAUAACCAAAUAUAUGAAAACGAAUACAAUUUUAAAAAAAAAUAAUGAAAAGCCAUAUUUUAAUGAGAACAUUAUAUUGUAUAUUUUAUUUUUUAAGUUCUUAACAAUUAUAAAGUGAAGCUAU